UUCUUAUCAAUUCAAAAAAAAAAAUUCCAGUUUCGGUAUUUUUACUAUUCUGUCAUUUUUAUAUAACUGAUGAACGCGAGGUGACGAUAAAAAAUCACAAGAUUUAUGUUAUUUCCUUUCUGCCAAGCCAAACUUUCUCUAUGAAAAAGUUUAAUUUUAUUGAAUUUAUUGAACUUCUUUAUUUCAUAAAAACUAGGAUUUAAAUCGUUUUUACGAAAUCAAUUGUUUAAACUAAAUAGGUGAAAUAUCUUUUAGAGGACGAUGAUCAUUAAAUGCAAAUGCUGUCCCAGUCAAAAUCCUUCUUCAAUGCUUCUGCAAGCAAUUUUAGCAAUUUAAUGUCUACUCCACUGAAAUGUGUUGUGUCUGAAGAAAAAGAAAUGGAUUUUCCUUAUUCUGAAACUAAAAACAUUAAGAACUGUCCGCCUCGGAAUCUGAAGUUCACAUAUUUUGCAGCUGUUUCAGCGCUAAUGUAUUGUGUAGUCUUAGGCUUAGCCGCUUCCUUUACAGCUCCGGCGUCUGUGGAUAUGCAAAGAUAUGGAAGUCGAUUCUAUGGGAUAACUCUUUCUCAAAUCACGUGGAUUGCUAGUCUGCCCACAGUCACGAGUAGUUUUGGUAAUAUAUUGUCUGGUUUCUUAUCCCAUAAGUAUGGUCGAAAAGCCGUCAUCAUAUGCCUCUCUACUCCAUACCUUAUCAGCUGGUUAAUGGUAGUCUAUGCCCCUACAUUAACAUGGAUAUAUUGUGGUCGAUUACUUACAGGAUUCAGCUAUGGAAUGGCCUCAGUCGUUAUUCCUGCAUAUUGUGUUGAAAUCGCUACUGUGGAAAAUCGUGGAAUCAUAGCAGCUGGGUUCCAACUGGCUUAUGUCAUUGGUGUACUUAUCAUGGCUUGUUUUGGCUUUGGACUCCGAUGGUCGUGGAUGGCCAUGAUAUCUGCCAUUUUACUAACCAUAUCUACUUGCUUAAUGUUCUUCAUGCCAGAAUCUCCUCAGUGGUUAAUUAGAAACUCAAACGAAAAAGAAGCUAUAAGAAGUUUAAAGUUCCUCAGGGGAAGAAACUCUGAUUUUAAAGCAGAGUUUCUUAACUUGUCCAAGAACCAGCAGGAACAAUCUCAGUUAGGGAUCUCAAUUGCUAGUUUUAAAGAUCCAACUCUUUAUAAGCCGACGGCGAUUGCUAUAGCCAUUUUUUUCUUCCAGCAAUUUUCAGGAAUCAACGCAGUAACCUCGUACACUGUCGAAAUCUUUAAAAACUCAGGAGGAUCCAUGGAUCCACAAACAUCUGCAACAAUUUUUGCUGCUGUUCAAGUUGCUGCCACGAUUUUUAGCACUGUGUUUAUAGAUAAAUUAGGUCGGCGUGUAUUAUUCAUAUCGUCUGGGAGCAUGAUGACUCUAUCGUUGGUAAUUCUAGGAGCUUUUAAGCUUUUCCAGAAACGUGAGUACGAUGUAAGUGCUGUAGAAUGGAUUCCGUUGGCUGGAUUAUUGCUCUAUAUUACAGCUUUCUCGUUUGGUUUCGGCCCUUGUGGAAUCGUGAUGCCACCAGAAUUAGUGCCGAUUCAUUAUAGAAGUGCUGUAUUGACUAUGAGUAUCGUAUCUUUAUCAAUUUUUGGAUUCAUUGUCACAAAGAGUUUUGAUAUUUUAGUAACUUAUAUUGGGUAUUAUGGAUUAUACUGGACUUUUGGAUUUUUUUCGUUUGCAGGUACUAUUUUUGGUGUGCUUUAUCUACCUGAAACAAAAGGGAAAUCCAUUGAAGAAAUAAGCAAAUCAUUUUUAAGCUAAAUAUAUGAGUAAUUAUAAAUUAUUUAUAAGUCCCUAGAUAAUAAUGUACGUACAAGUUAUUUUAAAUAUAGGAAAAUAAAAACUUUCUUAGUCUGUUGUACUCUUUAUUUUCAGAGAAAACAUUAUAAUAGGCUUAACAUUUCAGAAUUUUGUGUUCUUUGAUGGUGUUUAAACAAGAUAGUUAUGCAGAAUUUCAUUCCUUUAAUGUAUCAAACAUAAUUUGAAACCGAGAACUGUUUCAAGAACUAAUGUAAGAAAAUCUAAAAAGUUUUUGUUUUCUUU